CAAUUUGGCGGCUCACUUACGGCGGUUUGCUUGUCAAACCUACAAUUCAAGUUGCGUGGGAGUUGCACAAGUGAAUAUUUACCUGGAGUAGUGAUAAUCUGCCAUAACCAGUGGACCAACCAGAACAGCAAACGAACCGACUUUCAACACAAACAAUUUCACCAGUUUCGCCUCGUGAUAUUUGAUUGUUGAUUUUCACACACGGGCAGAACAACAAAUAAAAACUCUUGCCUACAUAGGAUGGUAGAAAGUGAAACCGAUUCUAGAAACUCAAAGUAUACCGAUGUAAGAGACGACAGAGUAGCUAACGGCGUCGGUUCGAACGAGUAUCCGAACACCGUCUCUACGGAGAAAUCCAGCAAAACUGACCACAUCCAUCAGACCAGCUUGCAGAUCGUUGCCUCGAAGCAAGACAAAGCAACGCUCGAUGCCGAGCGGGGCUACUCCAGCAAGGCUGACUUCGAGCAGGCAAUAGAGCUCACUGGUUAUGGCAGAUUUCACUACAUCCUACUAGCAAUAUGUGGUCUCGUAAGCACCAGCGAGGAGAUGGACGUCAUCUCGAUGUCCUUCAUCCUACCAUCCGCCGAAUGCGAUCUCGACUUGAAUACUCAAACCAAAGGAUGGCUCAAUUCGAUUAUCUUCAUUGGCAUGAUGGUUGGUGCUUAUGCUUGGGGAAGCGUUGCAGACUCGCUGGGUAGGAAAAAGGUUCUCAUCGUCAUCUCGAUCAUGAACGCAAUCUGCAUAGUAGCUUCCUCGUUUUCACAAUCUUACGAAGUGUUUAUGGUUUUCCGUUUCCUCAACGGUGCAGCACUGGGAGGUAGCGGGCCUGUCAUCUGGUCCUACUUUGCAGAAUUUCAGCCGAAAUCAAAGCGUGGUUCUAUGCUAAGCUUCAUGGCAGCCUUUUGGACUAUUGGUAAUCUUCUAGUUGCAGGUUUGGCAUGGCUUAUCAUCCCAACAAAUAUUGGAUUCCAUACACCAGCAUUCACUUAUAAUUCAUGGCGUAUAUUCCUGAUGGUCUGCUCAAUUCCAUCGUUCAUAGUCGCAGGUCUUCUCCUGUAUCUACCGGAAUCUCCCAAGUUCUUGCUAUCACAGGGCAAAUUUGACGAGGCUCUUGCCAUCUUCCGUGGAAUUUACGUAACCAACACGGGCAAUUCUGCGGAUCAAUACCCUGUGAAAGAAUUAUUGAUCGACGAACAGCUCAAAAAUGAACUUGAAGAAGUGAAAAAACCUAUCACCAACAAAUACAAACGAAUGAUGUACAAUAUCAUGGAGAACAGCAAGCAGUUGUUCAUGCCACCAAUUCUUCGAUUUACACUUAUCUCGAUAUCGAUCAACCUCACAUUCCAUAUCGGCUACUAUGGGCUGAUGAUGUGGUUUCCUGAGCUAUUCAACCGGUAUGAUGAAUUCCUCCGAGCCCACCCAGAUGCUGAAGAGGCUGGCGUUUGUCAGGUCACGAAUUAUGUAGUGGGUCUUGAAUCACACGGGGAGUCUGGAGUUUGCUCUGCCACUAUUCCUAGUUCAGUAUUUUUGGAGUCACUAAUCACCGUAUCAGCCGCACUUCCAGCCAACAUAUUGGCAGUGUUGGGUAUGGACAGACUAGGAAGAAAAUUCUUUUUAGUAUUCAGUACAAUGGCAGCUGGUUUCUGUUCUGCAUCGAUGUUUUUCAUUACCAAUAAGUAUCAAAAUCUGGCCGUAUCUGCAAUCUUCAGCGGCGUUAUCUCAAUGGGUAAUGCAUCCCUUGAUUGUCUGAUUACGGAAGUGUUUCCAACGAAUUUAAGAGCUACUGGUGUGGCCGUUUCCAUGGUGGCUGCUCGUCUUGGUGGUAUCGUCGGUAAUGUGGUGAUAGCAACCCUUCUGGAUCUAUAUUGUCCAGCGCCAACGUUUAUCAUUGCUGUAUUGUUAGCCGGAGGUGGUCUGAUGUGCCUCUUCUUGCCAAAUACUACGAAGACCGAUUUGUCUUAAGGAUGCCUUUUGCAAGUGUGGGAACUUGUGACGUAGACUUAAUUCUUAAGCAGAACAGUUUCAUUACCCUUCAGUGGCAACUAUUCUAGACCGCAUCAUUAAUUUUCUCAUCCUGAAAAUCUCACCCCAUCUCGAAAGAUCUUGAAAUCGAUGAAUUUAAUGUAGGUUUAAGUUUAAUAUUUUUUUUAUUGAAAAAAAGGUUUGUACAAUAUAUAUAUUUGUCGAGAAUGGCAAAUCUGAAGCAUUGAUACUAUUGUUCCAUUAUUUAAAGUUUAUAAUUGAGUCAAUGUGAAAAAAAGAGAAACUUAACACUUAAACACGUCGAAAAGAUUGUAAAAA